CCUCUUCACUUGUUCGUCUAACGAAAGGUAUAACAUGGCUUUCAAGUUGACGGUUACGUUCCUCCUUCUGGUCAGCUUGGCCCUUGCUUCCUGCCGAUCCGCACCAAGGAUCGUUGGAGGAGAAGAAGCCUCGGCCCACGAGUUCCCGUACCAGAUCUCGCUCCAAUGGGUCUACAACGAACCUGGCAAAGAAACUAUGCACUUCUGUGGAGGAUCCCUGCUAGAUGAGUUCCACGUCCUUACUGCGGCCCAUUGUAAACUUUCGCUAUCGGCAAAGGGAUACAUCGAAGUGGUGGCAGCUGAACAUGACACUUCCGUGACCGAGGGCUCCGAACAACGCCGAAUGGUGGAAAGCUUCACUAUCCAUGAAAAUUACGAUGAAGGAGUUGGACCCAACGAUAUUGCCGUCAUUCGUGUUACGGAACAGUUCAACCUGAACGACAAGGUGGCUCCUGUUCAGUUGCCCAAAGCAUUGGAGGAAUUUGAAGGCGAAGCUAUGCUGAGUGGAUGGGGAUCCGUUUCCACAACUCAGUUCCCGUCAUACCCGGAUGUCUUGCGUAAAGCAUCUCUCCCAUUGGUCAGCUACAAGGAAUGCCGCCGCGUUUGGGGACCUGGUCCGCUUGCUGAGACCAAUGUCUGCGCCGGACCAGCUGACGGAUCCAAGAGCGCCUGUUCCGCCGACUCUGGUGGCCCUCUGGUCAAACAAGUAGGCGAUCAGAACAUCCAAGUUGGUGUCGUUUCCUGGGGUGCUAUCCCGUGUGGACAACCCAAUCGUCCGACAGUUUUCGUCUCGGUUCCUCACUUCGUCGACUGGAUCGAAGAACAAUGCCGUCAAUAAGAGAGCUAUGUUUGGCCCUUUUGCUUAGAUAUUUCAUUUGAGAACGAAAUUCAAAACGAGUUUAAAUAAAUUCAAAAUUUGAACAAA